UUUUAUAUUUCUCUCUAAGUUGAGAGCAAAUGUUGAAAAUGGUAGGAGAGUUUGAGUUGUUUUGCUUAAUUGGGCAACUUUGGUCACAAUCAAAAGAAAACGAUUUGUUGGAAUUCCACUUGUCUUACUCUUCCUUGUAUAUCCUAAACAUUUCUUUGAAGUCAGAGAUUGGCCUUGGUUUGAGUCUUGCCUCUGCCAUUUAUUAGCUGAGUGACUUUGGGGCAAGUUAUUCAAACUCUCUUAGACUGUCUUGUUGACUGAAGGACUUCUUUAAUAAUAACAGUUAUAAAACCUAUUGUAAGAAUUAAGUAAACGAAACUUAGGAGUUUUCUUCAUCCUAAUCGAACAAAGACUGACAACGAAGAUGAUCAGUAACAGUUUCUUUCUUUUUUGGUGAUUCUAUUUUGCUUUUGAUUAUUUUACUUAUUUAGAAUUUUGUAAUUUAUCCUCAAAUAUCACUAGCUACUUGUAGAAAGAAAUAGUCAUUUUUCUUGGUGUGCAUAUUAAGACUGCUCUUAUAAAGUGAGACCUAGUUCCAAAAAUAAUCUUUACAGAAAUAUUAAAGAGCUGCGGUAUCUAAAAGUAUUCAUUCCAAAAAUUUGCCAUCUCACAUAAAAUUCUGCAGAAAUGAAAUUAUUUAUUUUUUGCCACUUGAUGGUAAUAAAACAGUUGUUAAUUUACAGGUUCAUGUUUCUGUCAUAGAUUAAAAAUAAUUUCAGAGCCUGCUAGAAGCUGUCUGGAACUUGACCGUGUACAUUUUAUAGUACAUGCAAGUUAACUUUAAGAGUUAAAAAAAAUUAAAAGUCAUAAAUCAACCCUGUCAUUUUCUUCAUUUAUAGAAGUUCAUGAGCCUGGAAUUAUUAAUUUAUUAAAAUUUUAGCCCUUGGAAUCCUCAGGUUGGUUUUAGCUGUUAUUCUUUAACCUCGUUUUUGGCAGAGCCUCAUUGUGUGGUUGGAGCCAAUUUGAGCACUGCAGGUUGGAUGCCAGGCUGAAGGGUGUGGCUUUGGCACACUGUCUUACAGGAGAUAUUCUAAGUCUCACCCGAUGACAUGGACCAGUUCACUAGUUGUUUCCAUAUGAUACCAAGAGGAGCAAUUAUGAGGUGUGUGUCUCGGGGAGAGUUUCUUCAUAAUGAAGUCUACUGUAUUUAAAGGUGAAGCGUGAUGGAGUGGAAAGAAUGUGUGGCUUUUAGAGUAGACAUAGACUUGAACUGUGGCUCCACCAUUUUUACCAUCUAAGCCUUGGUUUCUGUUGAAAUAAUAAGGGAAUUAUUGAGAUAAUUAAGUGAAAUUAUAAAUGUAAAUUACUACAGGUACAGAGAAGGUGCUCAAUAAAUGUCAGUGUACAUUCUUACUGUGUUUGGUAAGUCCUGUGAAGUGGGUUGCUUGAUUAGCUCAUCAGUAGCAUUGCUGUAAAGUUGUGUGAGUACACAGGACACCAUGCUGUUCACAUCCAGCCCUGCCCAGAAUGCACCAUGUGUCAACACCUCCACAUUUUUCUUUUCUCUUUUCCUCUAUUUUAGUGGGACUCCUUACCCUACUCUAGGCCCUGUGGCUUACCUUUUUACCCAUCUACUCCCACUUUGCUGCUCCGGGACAUGCCUGGUGGAGGUGGUGGUUACAAUACUUCUUUGCCUUCUAAGUGAGGAAUUUGUGGUAGUGUCAGGAGGUGGGGGGUGUGGAGUUGAAUCUGUGUACUGGAGAUGAGGGGUAGCUCCCACUCUGAACACAUUAAUUAUUAGUUAUCUGGAGGUAUGGGUUUGGGUGUGUGUGGGGUGGAGAAGAUGGAUGUGUCAUUGCUUCUCCAUCUCUGUAGUCCUGAUUCUCUUUCCUUCUCUUGCACCAAGAUUUCCUACUUGACUCAUCUAAUUCCACGUGAAUUUUUUUCUGUGGAAAUAUAGAGCCUUUCAGAAGAUUCUGAGAGUCUCUUAUGAAAUCCUAGUUUGGAAGACCAGCAAUUCCUUCUCCUGCCUCCUGGGGUAAAAUGUUUGAGGCCAAGAGCAGUCAUAUAACAAAAGUUUAAUGAGAAACGGUUAUGGGCAGGCCCUGUGUUAAGUGCUGAAGAAGAACAGCUUUUCCUUCAAGGAGCUUACAGUCUCCAGAGGGAUAUAAAUACACAAAGUCAUAAUUUAGUGGGAUGAGGAUUCUCGUAGAGGAUUGACUGAAGUAAUGUGGACAUUGAUGAUGGAGAGCCAAAUGAUGAUGAGGAGUCAGGCAGUGCUUCUUAACAGAGCUGACACUUAAACACAAAUGUGAAUGAAAAAUACGAGUCUGCUUCUGAAAAAUGAGAGGCAUGGUAUUCUGGAGAGAGGAAAUAACUUAAGCAAAGCCACUGCAGUGUGAGGCAGGGUGGCGUGUUUGGAGUACAGCAAACCCAUGGUUUGGUGUUAAUUGGAGAACAGCAGCGGGGAGUGAAAAUAGAGUGGGGGUGAUGAAAAACUUAAGAAUAUAUUCCAUUGUGGUAUAGCUACCAGUAGUAGCUGUGUUUUAUUUCCAAAAUUAAGUGGUGAGUAUAUGGGAGUUCAUUAUAUCAUUCUUUCAUUCAACAAAUAUUUAUUAUGUGUAUAAGGUUUGUGUAUAUAUAUAUUCCCUUAUAUGUAUGGCAUAUUUAAUAAUAAAUUUAAAAAAUAUUCAAUACUAAAAGUGAAAAUUUUCUCAAUUUUCUAGUUUCUUGAAUAAUUCUCAUUUCCUUUCCUCCAAAAAAUCCAAUUAUGUGCUUUUAGAGUAGUAGUUCCUAAAUUUCUUUCACCUUCGCCAAAAAAUCCUGUAAGGGGUUAUAUGAAUUACUUAGUAACCAGAUGGAGUAUCAAUAUUAAUGUCAGGGUUCAGGAGAGGGGACAUUCAGUUCAUAGCCCAGAGGGAUACAUGGUUUUUAUAAUAGGCUUGUUAACGCUGUCACAUAAAGCAUUUAUUUUUGCAAACAUCCCCAAUGGGUUAUCAAAAAAUGUACCAAGCUGUCUGUGUUGCUGAGCUGCUUAUGACUUAAAAGGGCAUGUAGGAAAGAUAUGCAAGCAGACUAUAUGAAUGCAGACAGUGUAGGUGGGAGUUUGGAGGGAGGAGAGAGCAUCACAUGAAUCAGGUUAUUUGGGAUUCAGGGGCUGGUUAUUCUUGUUCUCAGAGUGUCUGAGGCAUCAGAAAUAACUGCUUGUGCCUACAGCUCAGGGCUACCUUGACUGACGAAAUACAAGUUAGCAAAACCUCCAGUGAGUCAUCUGCAUUAUCAGAGGGCCUCUUGAGUGCUGUCACUGUGGUAGGACAGAGCAAGAAUGUGCCUGCUGCCUCCUUAAGCAUGUAGAGAGAGCUGCAAUCAGCGAGCAGGUGCAUGGGCUGUGCUGGGCUGAGCCAGCAUGGGUUGGUGCCCCUGUCAGCGAGAACCAGAGCAAGCAUAUCCCCCAGACCUCCCUUCCCAGUGCUCUUCCAUUAGCCUCUGUCAUAACUGCCUCAUCAUUACCAAGCAGACCUCAGUAAAUUGUAUUUUGUGGAAGGACAGAUGGCUUUUAUUUUCCUUACAAGCUAUUAUGCAACUUUAAUCUGUGCUACUGUUAUUUUCUUAUUGCUACUGUUAUUUUACUGUUGCCACAAAAUCUAGCCAAUCUGUAUUUUGUUCUUACUCUCAUUUCUAAUCAGGUGGUUCCUUUGAAUUGUCACAAGUCUUUUAUAUGUGUUUACAUUUUUAAUAGUAUCUCUUUUAAGCCUUUUUCUCUUUUCUUCAUCUCCUGUAGUUUUUUUGUUUUUGUUUUUCCUUUAAUCAUAGUAACUCCAGCUCCCAAACCUUUGUUUUUCCUUCUCCUAUCAGUUCCUACAUUAAUAUAUACUAUUCCUUUGCCUAUUACUUCAUGAAUCUCUCUUCUCCAAGUCUCUGACUCAUACCCGACCUCAACCCUGAAUGGUGGCCCUAAGCGCUCAGGUGUGGCUCCCGGGAAAAUUCUGAGCUAGGCCAGUGAAGUUUGUCUUUACCACCUCUCAUCCAAAUUAUCCCAUCUCUUUUGCUUCCCUUGACCUACCUCCAUCUUAAAUACAAUCAGCACAGAUAAACCUGGGUAGAGAACAUGGCUGACCUUAGCAGGCUUCAAAGAUGGCUUAUAGAGUGUAUGGUCUAGUGGAGGAAGUAGAUGGAGCCAUGUUGUUGUUGUUGGGUGCCAUCAAGUUGAUUCUGACUCACAGCAACCCCAUGUGACAAAGUAAAACUGCCCCAUAGAGUUUUCUAGGCCGUAAUCUUUAUGGAAGCAAAUUGCCAGGUCUUUCUCCCACAGAGCUGCUGUGUGGGUACAGACUGCCAACCUUUUGAUCAGCAGCUGAGUGCUUAACCACCGUGCCACCAGGACUCCUUAGAUAGAGCCAUAAAUAAUUAAAAUGAAAUCUGAGCUAUAACAAACUACAUAUUUAAGGAACCCUCACAAGAUAACAAGGGACUAAGACUAAAAUAGAACAGUAUGAGUGGAAAGCAGGACAUGGGGAGCACUGCAGGAAAACCCGUAAACCAAACCCACUGCCAUGGAAGUUGAUUCCAACUCAUAGCGACCCUGUAGGACAGAGUAGAACUGCCCCAUAGGGUUUCGAAGGAGCAGCUGGUGGGUUUCAACUGCUGACCUUUUGGUUAGCAACCUGAGCUCUUAACCACUGCACCACUAGGACUCCACUGCAGGAAAGGAUGUGCCCUUAUUAGCUAAUUAUGAUACAGCUGGGUUACAAGACAUUGGUUUCUUCCUUUUCCUGCUGGAGGCUAUGUCCAGUCUGAUUCACUUUGGCUAGGGUUACAUUUUGGUAACUGCUUCUAUUUUACCCUGAAGCCCCUGAGUAGACUUUAAAGGGUGUGUGUCCACCUCUGCUCUUCCAUCUGGCCUCCUUCAUCUUCCUGACCAAAGCAGACAUGUGUCUGAUUCCUGCCUAACUCUUACUGCUGUCUCCCAUUUCCAGGUUUCUCAUGAGAUCCUGUGGCCUUUUCUUCCUGCCUUCCUUCCCAUAGUCUUUAUGCUGGAUAUGACUGGACAAGUUUAACCCAGUUCCUCAGGCCUACCUGUGUAUUUGCAUUUGGGCCUGGGGUAAGCGUGGGAGAUAGGUUUGGAAGUGAUAGAGGCAGUAGGAAAGGGCAUUGUCAGGUUGAGAUUGUCCUUGGUUUGAGCACCUAAGGCUUAUGCCCCCAAAUUGACCCAGUUUGGGUACAGUUGUUUCUGCAGAGGCACUGAUCUCUUAGGUUAAGAUGGAAAGAAGCACAGAAAGACAGUGGUAAUAAUAGACUGGUUUCUGACCUGUUUCUCUUUGGAUACUUUCCCCGAGAGAGAUAAGGGAUAAGGGAAGUUGGUUAUGAUGGUGACAUUUAAAUACCUUAGCCUCUGGUGAGUGUGAGGGCCUUAGCCUCCCUCCACUAAUGUGUAAGUGCUGUUAACCUCUAGCUCUUGGAAAUCUAGCCUUUGGCAAAGUACCUGCUCAUUUACUGUUUGCAAAAUACUUGUGAAAAUCUGAGCUGGAGUUUGCUACUGACACAGAACACAAAGGAGCUUCCUUCUAGAUUUAGUUUCAAGCCUUCUCCUGUUGAGGUGUUAACGCAGGUCAGUCAUGAACAGUAAAUCCUUCCAGAGAAAGUUACAAAAAUAGUGGCUUUGUAAAGUGAGCUUCAGAGUGAGAGCAAUUGGUACAUAGAAGUGUUUAUUGAAUGAGUAAGAUUUUAGUAGUGUGUACAGAUAUUAUUUGCUUUAUGAACUGUUUACUUGGUGAAAAAGUUUUAAACAAGUUUCAGUAACAUGUUUGAUGUAUAAAACUGGGAACCACUUCUUAUAGAAAAAACAGUGUAACAACUGCACCUUGUACUUACAUAUUGUUUUAUGCUUUUCUUGAUGUCUCUAUGUGUCUGAUCUCUUGAGAUGGACAAGAUGAGUACUGCUGUCAUCCCUAGUAAAGUCGGAUGCCAAUAUGGUGGCCCUGGGAUUAGAGCCGAGUGCACCACUCUUUCCCCUGUGAACGGUUUCAGAUGGAAAGUUUUCAUGACUCUUUAAUAAUAAAAGUAAAGCAGUGCAUUAUUUCACGACACUACUUUUAUUGAAUUUAAGGGAAUACCUUUUAUUCUGAGAUUCCUUCAGCAAAUACUAAGUGCGAGCUAUGUGCCAGGUACUGUUCUAGGCCUUAUUGAACAAGACAGACAAGGAGCUUAUGUUCUAAUGAGGGAAGAGAGAUAAUAAAUAAGUAAACAAGCAAUAACAUAAUAAUAAAUAAUUUCAGAUAGUAAUAAAAGCUCUGAAGAAAAUAAAAUAGAAAAAGGCUGGUAGUAUGUGGGUUUCUCUGAAGAGGUCAUAUUGUAACUAAAAUCUAAAUAAUGUGAAGGAGGAAGGUGCAGGAGAUCUGGGAAAAGCACAUUGAAGGCAGAGGGAAGAGGAGAUGCAGAAGCUCUGAGACAGAACAAGCCUGUGUGGCCUCAGCACAGAUGCAGGAAGGAGGGCAGGUCAGGAAGGCCUUUAUAGACCAUGUUUGCCAGAGUCUGGAUACCUGAUCCCGAGGAAGUUUGGAAGUCAGCAGAGCUGCUCAAGGAUUAUAAACCGGGAGAUAAAGUCCUCCUGCUUCGCCUCGAGGAAGGAAAGGAUUUGGAAUACCAUCUAGAUCCAAAGACCAAGGAGCUGCCUCACUUACGAAAUCCUGACAUACUUGUGGGUGAAAAUGAUCUCACGGCCCUCAGCUAUCUUCACGAGCCUGCAGUGCUCCACAAUCUCAGAGUCCGCUUCAUUGAUUCCAAACUUAUUUAUACAUAUUGUGGUAUAGUCCUAGUAGCUAUAAAUCCUUAUGAACAGCUGCCUAUUUAUGGAGAAGAUAUUAUUAAUGCAUACAGUGGUCAGAACAUGGGGGAUAUGGAUCCACAUAUCUUUGCGGUAGCUGAAGAAGCUUACAAGCAAAUGGCCAGAGAUGAACGAAAUCAGUCCAUCAUUGUAAGCGGAGAGUCUGGGGCAGGAAAAACAGUCUCAGCUAAGUAUGCCAUGCGAUACUUUGCAACCGUAAGUGGCUCUGCCAGUGAGGCCAAUGUUGAGGAAAAGGUCUUGGCCUCCAACCCCAUCAUGGAGUCGAUUGGAAAUGCCAAAACAACCAGGAAUGAUAAUAGCAGCCGGUUUGGGAAGUAUAUUGAGAUUGGGUUUGAUAAGAGAUAUCGAAUCAUUGGUGCCAAUAUGAGAACUUACCUCUUAGAGAAAUCCAGAGUGGUGUUCCAGGCUGAAGAGGAAAGAAACUAUCAUAUCUUCUAUCAGCUUUGUGCCUCAGCAAAGUCACCUGAAUUUCAAAUGCUGCAGUUAGGAAAUGCCAAUUACUUUAAUUACACGAAGCAGGGAGGCAGUCCUGUGAUUGAAGGAGUUGAUGACGCCAAGGAGAUGGCACAUACCAGGCAGGCCUGCACUUUGCUAGGAAUUAGUGAAUCUUAUCAGAUGGGAAUUUUCCGAAUACUUGCUGGCAUCCUUCACUUAGGCAAUGUUGGAUUUACAUCCCGAGAUUCAGACAGCUGCACAAUACCUCCCAAGCAUGAAGCCCUCACCAUCUUCUGUGAGCUCAUGGGUGUGGACUACGAGGAGAUGUGUCACUGGCUCUGCCAUCGGAAGCUGGCGACUGCCACAGAGACAUACAUCAAGCCCAUUUCCAAGCUGCAGGCCACAAAUGCCCGUGAUGCAUUGGCCAAACACAUCUAUGCAAAGCUCUUUAACUGGAUCGUAGAUCAUGUCAAUCGGGUUCUCCACUCUGCUGUCAAGCAGCACUCUUUUAUUGGUGUGCUGGACAUUUACGGAUUUGAAACAUUUGAGAUAAAUAGUUUUGAACAGUUUUGUAUAAAUUAUGCAAAUGAAAAACUACAGCAACAAUUCAAUAUGCAUGUCUUCAAAUUAGAACAGGAGGAAUAUAUGAAAGAACAAAUUCCAUGGACACUCAUAGAUUUUUAUGAUAAUCAGCCUUGUAUAAAUCUUAUUGAAUCUAAACUGGGCAUUCUGGAUUUGCUGGAUGAGGAAUGCAAGAUGCCUAAAGGUACAGAUGACACUUGGGCCCAAAAAUUGUACAACACACAUUUAAACAAAUGUGCACUCUUUGAAAAGCCCCGUCUAUCAAAUAAAGCUUUCAUCAUCCAACAUUUUGCUGACAAAGUGGAAUACCAGUGUGAAGGCUUUCUUGAAAAGAAUAAAGACACCGUUUUUGAAGAACAAAUUAAAGUUCUUAAAUCAAGCAAGUUUAAGAUGAUACCAGAAUUAUUUCAAGAUGAUGAGAAGGCUAUCAGUCCAACUUCAGCCACCUCUUCGGGACGCAUCCUCCUCACCCGUGUGCCUACAAAGCCUACCAAAGGCAGGCCAGGCCAGGCAGCCAAGGAGCACAGGAAAACCGUGGGGCACCAGUUCCGAAACUCCCUUCACUUGCUUAUGGAGACCCUCAAUGCCACCACUCCUCACUAUGUCCGCUGUAUUAAGCCUAAUGACUUCAAGUUUCCAUUCACAUUUGAUGAGAAGAGGGCAGUGCAGCAACUGAGAGCAUGUGGUGUCCUCGAAACUAUUCGAAUCAGUGCAGCAGGUUUCCCGUCACGGUGGACUUACCAAGAAUUUUUCAGCCGCUACCGUGUCCUAAUGAAGCAAAAAGAUGUGCUGAAUGACAGAAUGCAAACAUGCAAGAAUGUGUUAGAGAAGCUGAUACUGGACAAGGACAAAUACCAGUUUGGUAAGACCAAGAUCUUUUUCCGUGCUGGUCAAGUAGCCUAUCUAGAAAAAUUGAGGACAGACAAGCUGAGGGCUGCCUGCAUCUGGAUCCAGAAGACGAUUCGGGGGUGGCUGCUGCGGAAGAAGUACUUGCGCAUGCGGAAGGCAGCCAUUACUGUGCAGAGAUACGUGCGAGGCUAUCAGGCUCGGUGCUAUGCUACGUUUCUUCGCAGAACCAAGGCAGCAACCAUCAUUCAGAAGUAUUGGCGCAUGUAUGUGGCCUGCAGGAUGUACAAGAUUAGACGAGCUGCCACUAUCGUUCUUCAGUCUUAUUUGCGAGGCUACCUGGCUAGAAAUAGGUAUCGCAAGAUACUCCGUGAGCACAAAGUAGUCAUCAUUCAGAAGUGGGUCCGGGGCUGGCUAGCUCAGAAACAGUACAAGAGGAGCAUGCAUGCCAUCAUCUAUCUUCAGUGCUGCUUCCGGCGAAUGAUGGCCAAGCGCGAGCUAAAGAAGCUCAAGAUUGAGGCCCGCUCUGUGGAGCGCUACAAGAAGCUCCACAUUGGAAUGGAGAACAAGAUCAUGCAGCUGCAGCGCAAAGUUGAUGAGCAGAACAAAGAGUACAAGUGCCUCAUGGAGAAGCUGGCCAAUCUGGAAGGAGUAUAUAACACCGAGACUGAGAAGCUACGAAGUGACUUAGAUCGCCUUCAGCUAAGUGAAGAGGAAGCUAAGGUUGCCACUAAACGGGUCCUCAGUCUGCAGGAAGAAAUCGCCAAGCUUCGGAAGGACCUAGAACAAACUCAUUCAGAGAAAAAAUCUAUUGAGGAAAGUGCAGAUAGAUACAGACAAGAAACUGAGCAGCUGGUAUCAAAUCUGAAAGAAGAAAACACUUUGCUGAAACAGGAGAAGGAGACCCUCAACCACCUUAUUGUGGAGCAGGCUAAGGAGAUGACAGAGACUAUGGAGAAGAAGCUAACAGAAGAAACAAAACAACUGGAACUUGAUCUUAAUGAUGAAAGGUUGAGAUAUCAGAACCUUCUGAAUGAGUUCAGUCGCCUGGAAGAACGAUAUGAUGACCUCAGGGAAGAGAUGACCCUGAUGGUGAAUGUGCCUAAGCUUGAACACAAAAGAACAGACUCUACCCACAGCAGCAAUGAGUCUGAAUACACCUUUAGCUCUGAGUUUGCAGAAACUGAAGAUACUCCUUCGAGGACAGAGGAGCCAAGCGAGAAGAAGGUACCUCUGGACAUGUCAUUGUUCCUCAAGCUCCAGAAGCGGGUCACAGAGCUGGAGCAGGAGAAGCAGUUGCUGCAGGAUGAGCUGGAUUGCAAGGAGGAGCAGGUGCUCCGCAGUAAGGCAAAGGAAGAAGAAAGACCGCAAAUUAGAGGUGCCGAAUUGGAGUAUGAGUCACUCAAGCGUCAAGAACUAGAAUCAGAAAACAAAAAACUGAAAAAUGAGCUGAAUGAGUUACGCAAGGCCCUCAGUGAGAAGGGUACCCCAGAGGUGACUGCCCCAGGGGCUCCUGCCUACCAAGUCCUCAUGGACCAGCUGACCUCUGUGAGUGAGGAGCUUGAUGUCCGCAAGGAGGAAGUCCUCAUCUUGAGGUCUCAGCUGGUGAGCCAAAAAGAGGCCAUCCAACCCAAGAAUACAAUGACAGAUUCCAUAAUACUCUUGGAAGAUGUACAGAAAAUGAAAGAUAAAGGAGAAAUAGCACAAGCAUAUAUUGGUUUGAAAGAAACAAACAGAUCGUCUGCUAUGGAUUGCCGUGAGUUGAAUGAGGAUGGAGAGCUGUGGCUGGCUUAUGAAGGGUUAAACCAAGCCAACAGGCUCCUGGAAUCCCAGCUCCAGUCACAGAAGAGGAGCCAUGACAAUGAGGCCGAGGCCCUCCGUGGGGAGAUCCAGAGCCUGAAGGAGGAGAACAACAGGCAGCAACAGCUCCUGGCCCAGAACCUACAGCUGCCUCCAGAGGCACGCAUCGAGGCCAGCCUGCAGCACGAGAUCACUCGGCUGACCAAUGAAAACUUGUAUUUUGAGGAAUUAUAUGCAGAUGACCCUAAGAAGUAUCAAUCAUAUCGGAUUUCACUUUACAAACGGAUGAUUGAUUUAAUGGAACAACUUGAAAAACAGGAUAAGACUGUCCGGAAACUGAAAAAACAACUGAAAGUUUUUGCCAAAAAAAUUGGUGAACUAGAAGUGGGCCAGGUGGAGAACAUAUCCCCAGGACAGAUCAUUGAUGAACCCAUCCGUCCAGUCAACAUUCCCAGGAAAGAAAAGGAUUUCCAAGGAAUGCUGGAAUACAAGAAGGAGGAUGAGCAAAAACUUGUUAAGAAUCUGAUUCUGGAACUGAAGCCACGUGGUGUAGCAGUCAAUUUGAUUCCAGGGUUACCAGCGUACAUCCUGUUUAUGUGUGUUCGACAUGCUGAUUACUUAAAUGAUGAUCAGAAAGUGAGGUCAUUGCUAACAUCAACAAUUAACAGCAUCAAAAAAGUACUGAAGAAAAGAGGUGAUGAUUUCGAAACCGUCUCCUUCUGGCUUUCUAACACAUGUCGAUUUCUGCACUGUUUGAAGCAGUACAGCGGAGAAGAGGGCUUUAUGAAAUACAACACAUCUCGCCAGAAUGAACACUGCCUCACCAAUUUUGACCUGGCUGAGUAUCGGCAAGUGCUGAGUGACUUGGCCAUUCAGAUCUACCAACAGCUCGUGCGGGUAUUAGAGAACAUCCUUCAGCCAAUGAUCGUCUCAGGCAUGCUGGAGCAUGAAACGAUUCAGGGCAUGUCCGGCGUGAAGCCCACAGGGCUAAGAAAGCGGACCUCCAGUAUUGCCGACGAGGGCGCCUACACACUGGACUCCAUCAUCCAGCAGCUCAGCUCCUUCCACUCAGUCAUGUGUCAGCAUGGCAUGGACCCAGAACUGAUCAAGCAGGUGAUCAAGCAGAUGUUCUACAUCGUGGGGGCUGUCACCCUGAACAACCUCCUUCUGCGGAAGGACGUGUGCUCAUGGAGUAAAGGCAUGCAGAUCAGGUACAAUGUCAGUCAACUAGAAGAAUGGCUACGUGAUAAGAAUCUGAUGAACAGUGGGGCUAAAGAAACUCUAGAACCUCUUAUUCAAGCUGCUCAGCUUUUGCAAGUGAAAAAGAAAACAGAUGAAGAUGCAGAAGCCAUUUGUUCCAUGUGCAGUGCUUUAACUACUCUCCAGAUUGUCAAAGUGUUGUUUCUGUAUACUCCAGUUCAUGAGUUUGAAGAGAGAGUCUCUGCAUCCUUUAUUCGUACUAUACAGAUGCGUUUGCGAGACAGGAAAGACUCUCCACAGCUGCUCAUGGAUGCUAAACACACCUUUCCUGUCACCUUUCCAUUUAACCCAUCCUCCCUUGCGCUAGAAACCAUCCAGAUCCCAGCGAGCCUGGGCCUGGGGUUCAUUUCCCGAGUCUGAACUGGAUGUCAAGGUGAACACUGACAAUACAUUUCUUAACCUGAAAUAAGAACCAUUAUUUCCAGUGAGCUACUGAAAACACAUUAUUAAAGAUAAAGUACUGAUUAUCUCCCAAAUGAGGUUACUAACGGGAAAUCUCCCUAGAAACUUUCAUCACCUGAGAAGAAAGGUUCCUUGUGCUGCUUUGCCUUUUAGAGCAACCUCCUCCCUGACCAGUCAGGCAUCACAAGUUUACAGGCAAGUGAGUAAUAGAAGGAGAGGAGAAGAGGGAGGGAGGAAAAACGUGUCUUCAGCUGCCAACGUUUAUUUUAAAUUCUUAGUACUGCAUUUAAGUGAUAUAAAAAAAUACAAAUUCCAUAUGUGAGCUGUUGUUAUAAAGGAGCCAACAAAGAAACCUCCCUUGACCUAACAAGAACUGAAAGAGAAAUCGCCACUGAGUACAUAUCAAUUUAGGAAUCAAUCAUGUUGAUACUGUCAAACUGGAAUGAAGAAACAAACUGGCAAUAUGUAAAGUAACUGGUCAAGUAACUUCCUCCUUUGUGUCACUAGUAUAUAGAGAUAUUAAAAGAGCUGUUGGUUUGUAGUAUAGCAUAGAUGUCCAUUUGUUUGUACUGUAGUUUACUGCACAUUUUCAAUUGGUACUACAUACUGUGUUCUUUAAAAUGUAAGUGAUACUAGGCACUACAACAAUAAGCUUCUCUUUUAUCAACCUCUGUUUCCAAUUCAAUCAGAUCACAGUUUUAACUGGAUUAUGUGCAAGUACCUACAAAUUCACCUGCCAAGGAAAUUGAUGACUAAGCAUAAAUAGCAGACACUGGCAAGUUAUGUUCUCAUAUGACAGAAUGUUUGACAUUUAAGGAUAGGGUUAGACAAAGUGGUUAUUGUGAUGUUAUAUAUUCAGGAUGUAUUAUGUGGAUUUGCUCAUUAAUUUUCAUCGGUGGUAUUGCAUCACAGUACAGUGUUCUAUGAAGUGACUUAUUUUCACUUACCAGAUUUGAUUUCUGCAAUACAUAUUUCCAACCUUAAUGGGUUUUGUUUCUUCUUCUUAAUUUAUUAAGAAUUAAUCUCAGUCACUUCUAGAAAGGAUUGUCAGAAUAUUCAUGAUUCAAGUCUUAAAACCUUGAUUAUCCUAUAAAUUAUGCAGAAGAAGCUAUACAAUAAAUAUUUAAUUAUGAUUUUUUUUUAGGCUAUAAAUGUUCUCAGAUGCCAAGAACAUUUAUAGCCUAAAAAAAAUCAUAAUGUUCUCAGAUACCACUAGAUACUUUAAAAAGCAUCACACUAGAAAUACUUUAAGAAGACUUAUGUAAGAAAUAUAGAAGAUACUGAAUUUUAUAGAGGAUUUGGUUAAGUCAGAAUCAGAUUCUAUAAGUUUUCUUUUUGAAAUUCUAAUUAAACAUAUUCUCCAUUUUUCCUAGACUCUCAUAAAAUAAAUCAUCAGGUUGUGCAAAAGCAAAUCCAUAGUUUUCAUUAAAAACUCUCUGAAUUACAGUCAUAGAUUUAUGUAAUUUAACUGCUAGAUGAUUGAUAAAGAUGACAUAUUAAAAUGUGUGCAAUAUUAACGGAAAUAAAACAGUUUCAAAUCUGUGAUACAGAUUAUUAAAAGAUAAGCACUGUCUUUUAACUUAUCUGGGCCUCAGUUUCCUCAUCUAUAAGAUAAGAGUUGAACAACUGACUCUCUAAAAUGUUCUCUCAGUGCUUGGAUCCUAGAGAAAUGAGCUGCAGUUACAGAAUAAUUCCGCCCUCUGCUGGACAGACCAGUGUUUGGUGCCUGCAAAUUCUAAAACAUAAAAUCACAAGUCUCUUGUAGCCAUAAAAAAAAAAAAAAAUUUUUUUUUUUUUAGCCAUAACCUUUCUUAAAUGUAUAUGAUCUAUAUGCAUGCCUUUAAGGAGUCCCACUGUAUUUGUAUUCUUUGAAAGUUAGUUAGAUGAUUCUUAUUGGAUCAUGUACUCCUAUAUUCCAUUCGAAUAUAUGUAUUUCUUUGCAAAAUCAACCAAAAACAUUACUGAUUCAAUCAGAUUCUCUCAAUUUUCCUUGGUUGUCAAUGUGGUUUUCAGUGAACAAUUAACCCUUGUAACCAUCUGGUAGUACUGAUUGUGGUAGACUCCAACACAUAGAUGGGGAUUGGGUGGGGGAGUUGCUAAAAAAAAAGGUGGGACCAUGAUGUAGAUUGCCCACCUCAGACCACAUACACCCUGAAUCUUGUCAGGUCUUCAAGAUCAUGCUGUACCUUCCGUGGCGUGACAGCCUUUAUCUUACUCCCAGACAGCUCAUACCCUGAAGUGUCUCUGGUCUGGGCCUUCUCUCCCUCUUCCUGUCUCUCUGCUGUGGCAUGUUGGAGCCCUGUUCCAUGCCUGGGCUGGCGCUCUCCCCACUGCCCCAUGCCAAUUCAAAAUGCAAAUAUUCUGCUAUUCCAGAGUUCCAACUUCCUCCAAGGCCUACCUAGUAUCCCAGAUUAAUUAUUAACUUCUUAGUAGCCUGAAGAUUUUUAGUUGUAACACAAAUAGCUUGCAACCAUAGGACCCCAAGGCCCAAUAAAUGACUCUGUACUGCAUUCUUGAGGGUGCAAGGAUACUCUGCUCACUAUGAGUAUCCUUUGGCCAGUUUGAGGACUACUCACCCUUCCUUCUGUUCAUCUGUGCUUUCUUACCAAGCUACAAACAUAGCUCCACCAGCCUUCUCCAGUUCUUAUUUAUCCAUUUACCUGCCUCUUCCCUCACCUCAAUCACAGAGCCCAUCACCGGCUGUCUCCCCUGCUCUUUGUGCAGUGAAGGCAGGUAGGUGCUAUCCAUUCUCAGGGCUCCAUUGGCCUGCCUCUUGGUGUACCUGCCAGCCAAUCUUUGCACAAGCUCUUGCUCUUCUCACUUCUCUGCAAAACAUGCUUUAACCUUAUCAUUAUUUUUGCUUUUUUAUAAUUCCACUGUGAUGCACAAUAGGAAGUCAAAGGAAGAUCCUGAAACCCACAACAGUUCUUUGUUUCAAUAGCCCCUCAUACCUCACAUGCAGACUCACCUCACACCCUGGGAAGGCAAAGCUGAAAACUUAGAAGCAGUUUCCCUUCUUGCAGCUUUUAAGUUAAGGCAUUAAUAUGCCUAAGAGUAACUCUGAAGAAAGGGGGAAGAUGAACAUGGGAUAAAAUCCAUAAAAGUGUAGCUUCUUGAUUCCACUGGAAGUUUUGAAAAUUCUCCAUGUACCAGACACUUUUUCAUCAAGUGCAAAAGUACGAAAAUACAUUCUAAAGCUGAUCGAUAGGAGAUGAGGGUUUGGGUCAGCUUGGAAGAUUUGCUUUGUUAUUUCUUUCAUUUCAAUGGAUAAUUGGGAAUUGAUGCUUUCUUGGUAAGUACUUUUAUGUACUAUAGAUCAAAUUUUUUAAUAACACAGUGGAGGAGGCUAUGAAAAGAAAAUACUUCAUUUUGUAAGAAUUUCAGUGUAGUGAUUUUUAUGGGAAAUAACUUUCCUGAUCACCCUAGGUAAAGGGGCACCUGCCACCAUCCUGAGAAGUCUGCACACAACGUGCAGUCUUUAGUCUGUCUUUCCCCUUCUCUUGCUCUCACUCUCACACAUACACAUACAUGCACACACCAGUCUGUUCCUCAAGAGGCAUAAUCAAAGAUCCUCUGGAUAACUUAGACUGUUUAGGAUAAAACAGAAAGCAGAAAAUUAGUGAGUGACCCUUCAAUUCUCCUGUCAUAGAGAAGCAGUACCUUGUGUCCAGACAUGCUUUACUUCAGUGCUCUUUCUCUGUUACCUUAUUUUAUCCUUAUGGCAGCAGAUAGGGUAGGAUUACAUCAUCUGCUGAUGAUAAUGUGAUAGAGCUAAUGAAGCACUUGCCUGUGGUUGCACAGCCUUCGAGCAGUUCCCGCUUUCCCAGAGGCCACAAGGCCAGUAUGGGCAGAUGCGAGGCAAGGGACUUUAAAAAGUGGCUGUUGUGAGAUGGCAUUCUGUUCUUCCUGAUACCUGUGGGGCACCACAGGGUCAGCAAGGGACACUCUUCAACUGGUACUUGGGACUGAGCCAGUGCUGAGUGCCACCGUAUCUAUUCUAACGGAUGAAGCAUCCAGAGCCACAUGGUUUUCUCUUGUCACAGUGACCUGUUGUAAUGAGCUUUGACCCUUGGAGGGUGCAAUGCUGUGUGUUUGGGUCAUUAAUUAGCUAUCAGGUAGCCUCAAGCAAAGAGACAGGAAGCAGGAAAGCCUCCCUAAAGUUAAAAGGAAGGUUUCUCUCAAAACAUACUCCCCAGAGUCCCUGUUAGAGCCCAAAGGUGAGCUGUCGAGCCUGCAGAGGACCUGCAACUGCAGGCCAGGCCUCAGGGCACUCAGCCUUGACCAGCUUCCCUGACUGAGGGCCUCAUCACUGAGUAGCCCAGGCCACUGGGUAUGUUCUGAGGGCCAUCCACGGGGCAGGCCAGGUCCAGGUCAGCGGGGGAUUGAACAUUGCAAUGUGUGCAUGCUUGCAGGUGUUUGCUUUGAGCUAGAAGAUGUGCUGUGUACAUGCGUGUUAGGCUCUGUGCAGUGCUGUGGCCUGUGUUCAUGGAUAGGUGCAUUGUGAUUUGUUCUCAGGCAGUGCUGUGAGGGCCACCUUAACCGCUGCUACCUUCCCUUCUAGAGCUGCCUUAAGUUCUCUGGAACUUUCCCUUUGUAAAGAAUGUUUUGCCCAGAGAAGAUAUCUUGCCCUCUUGCUUAUGGCUUUGUGAGGGUGUGGGUUGCGUGUUGUCUCCAACCACUAAUUCCUUACUUACCUUCCUGCAUGACCCUCUCUCUCCUGUUACAUUCUACUUCCUUUGCUUUGUGUUAUUUCCAAACAGGGACCAGCAUUAUGAGGCAGCAGCAAUCUCAGAGCCAAUGAAAUGUCAGCUUAGUGUUCCUGAGUUAGUGGGAACUCUGUGUCACAACUAAGCAAAUGAACAUAUGGAAGAAAUAGGUAAAUUAGAUUCUUGGUAACACUUAAGUGUCUUGUUUUCCACUAACCUAUUUUUAAUUAAGAGUGCGACUCUAAAAUCUUUCAUGGGCAUUCUUUUAAAAAGAAAUUAUAAGCACCUUGCACUAUAAAAAAGGUCGAAUGAAAACAGGAAAGAGUGCUGUAAGUCUAAUCCCUUGUAUUAUUUUAAAUUAAACAAAUCUAACUGGAAUUACAAUACAUUUUCUCCAUAGAUCAGGAACUGAAAAGCACUAUGUAAAGUAUCUGCCAAAAUGCAUUUUAUAAUUUUGUUUUAUAAUUUGAUUCAGCAAAAUGUUCAUUAGCUUAAUUUAAGGCAUGUUAUUAGAUUGAUAAAAUGUUUGAAAAUAACUAACAUUUCCUUAGUAUUGUAAUAUUGCUUAAACUACUGGAAAUAAUUUUUUUUUUUUAGUUGAAACUUGUAUAUAUAAUUUAAUGCUUCAUAGAUCAGUACAUUUUUAAUGCAUUUCUGAAAGUCAAUACUUUCAAAUAUUACCACGUGUUAUAAAAUUUUCAGCCUGCAUUUCAGGCUUUCCAAAUCAUGUGAGCCAUUUAAUUUUUUUUCCCACAAAUGGUGAUUUCUUUUCCCUUAGAUGUAGAUAUGUAUGUUGUAAUUUAUGAUCCUUGUUAUGUAUCUUUGUGGGAUCCUGAGUUAACAUUGAUUUUUUUUGUUGUUAAAUUGCUCUAACAAUGUUGCAUAGAAAUGAGCUCAUGACAUUCAACAUAUUGUAUUUCAUAUUUAACAUAUUUCACUGUGGAAUGGAUAUGCCUUUUAACGACGGUGAAACUGAAUAUUAUACUUUUUCAAAAUAUUUUGCCUUGUUGAAUUUGGAGAAGGAAUUUUACUUUGAUCUGCAUAGAAAAAAAUGUGGUGUAGUUAAUCUGUGAAAAGUUGUUAGGAGAACUAUUCACCCAUUAAAAAAAGAAGCAGAAGUGCUGAGAAGUGAAAGCCAUUAUCACUCAAACUCUAGUUUUAACCAAAUGCAUCCCAGCAUAUCUCACAUGAAAUUUUUAAAAGUUAAUAAUUCACCUCCUGUCAACAAAAGCCUUUUGAAACACGUUUUCCUUAGAUAUCACCUCCAGCUAACAUGAAAAUGAAAACAAUAUCAGAAUGACAUUUAUGCCCCAAAUUUGUAGAUGUUUCAUGUUGUACUUAGUAAAUGUGUCGUUAAUGCAGUGUUCUCCUAGCUAUUAUAGAAAAUUGU